GUGUUAAACAGAACUGGUGAUAGGGUACAUCCUUGACUUAUGCCUACUGAACAAAAUCAAGAGCAAAAACAAAAGACCAACCCAGUUUACUCAAAACAAUAUUUUCCGCUGUUCAUAAAUUAUUGCUAACCCAGUGAAUAAAUCCUUUGGAAAGUGAUCACAUCGUUUUUUGUAAUUUUGUAUUUAAUUUUAAAAGUGCUCGUUUUAAUAAAAAAUUCUAAUUACACGAGUUCUCAGUGAAACUUUACCAGCAGCAAAACCCUCAAAUCAAAGCUGAGGAUAGAGAAGGAACGGUGAUGUCGCGUCAUAAACUCUCAAUCACUUCCGGUGUCAUUCUUUAGUUUAUUGUUGUCGCCAAACAUUUUAUCUACCGUCCUAUAUUCGUUAGCUUUACUUUCAUUCACUGCUCUUUGUUGUAUCUUGCCCCUGCCGUCCGUAAAAACAACCCUAACUUUUUGUUUCUUACUAAUUUCUUUUUGUUUCUUACUAAUUGCUGUUAAAAUUUUAACACGAAUAGAUUUGGUACUAACAAGCUGGACUGAGAUGUAUGGUAUUAUUUGAUUGAUGUGAAGAUAUAUUUGUAAAGACACAUUUUAAAACUGGACGUCCCGAGAAAGAAAGAAAUCUGCAAGUGGUAGAGCAUACGUCGACUCCGAUGUAAUCGACCAAGUUUACGACCCUAAAGAUUAUGCAGAUUUUCGACCGCCAAACACUGUCAUGGCCGACGUCGACUGGCAUCAGCGAGAGUCAAGCAGAGAACUACUGCUCCACCGCCUUGAGACAGUCUCAGCUCUGGUCUCACUGUCAGGACAAAACUCAGGAGAUUCAAGGGCUGAUCGAAAGCUGCAAGAUCGAUAUUUUGGUAGCUGAUAAUUACAUAGGAACGGAGGUCAUCGUGGACACUUUCCUGACAAUUUGCAAAUUGGAGUUGGCCAAGAACCCGGAUAAUUACGUCACCACACUCACCGGAGAGAUUGUCGUGAAGCCAGAGAUCUCUGACGACGUCUGCAACCCUUUGUGCUUCAUCAACGGACGAUGCGACAGGGGGCACUGUGUCUGCAACAGAGGCUUUAUCGGCGAUAACUGUCAGAUAAAAGAUGAACCACCUAAACUUUCGCAUCCGAGGGUCCGGCUUCUGUGACUUUAAUGAACGGCCAUGCAAACAAGUCUUCAUCAACGCUGAAAAUAUUCAGAAUACGGCGACGAUGGCAUGUAAAAUUCAGGAAAUUCUGGACGAUGGAUCAGUUUCCGAAAGGGCUUCUAUGGAAGAAGCUGUUUUCCUGACUAUUAACAAACUCGGCUGCUUCUUGCCUGAUGCUGGCAUCAAAACAGAGAAGUCUAUUAAAAGGUUUAAUAUCACGGUAACCAUCGAUGGCCAUCGCUAUAGCAACGCAGUGAACAUGACUGUCUACGACUCGUCCUGUCAGAGAUGCACAUGGGUGGGAUGCCGGAUACUGCCAAGAACGUGUCUGAUCAACAACCUGUGUUUCCAAGAUGGAGAACUCAAUCCGAGGAAUAACUUUCAGCGGAUUAUCCAGCCAUCAUAUCAGUGAACGUGAGCAGGUCAAAGGACAACACCCAGUUAAGAUGUGUGGUCAACGCUGAUGCUUCAAAGCCCACAGCCAGCUUCCGGGUGGCCUGGGGUAUCGAUGGCGACUGGCGUCAAGAGUCGGUCCUCCCCACUGGACAUCUGGAGGCUGCCAUCAACGCGUCUGACGUUAGUCGCACUUAUCAGGUCAGUUAUAGUUACUUAG